CUUAACUCGAUCGCAAGUGCUGAUAUAAACGACCGUGUUUGCUGGCUACGAAUACAAUAAAGGCGUCUUAAACAAAAGUCGGCGAUCGAUUACAUGCACUUGUGACGUCUCCAACUUUCUCGCUAACGAAAGCUCCGACUCUUGAAUGGUUCAUCAAUGAGCAGCUUUGUUUAUUUAUUGAAGCCUCUUUACUACCACGGUUGUUGGUUCUUUUCGUGUUGCGUGUUUUGAGGGCGUCAUCGUUCAACGUAAACUCACGCUUUUGUUUGAACACGAUGGCAGCGAGCUUCCGUGAACAGCUGAUGCUGGACAGUCACUUUCUGAGAACUGACCGGCGGCUGGACACGGAGUUGGUGGACAAACUGAUUCUGCAGCUCAACAGAAUCUACCCUCAGAUCCUGACGGACAAGGAGGCCACCAAGUUCAGAAACUUGGACGUCCCCACCUGUGUCCGGCUGGGGGAGUUGCUGCUCCACCUGCAGGAGAAAGGAGAGGAGGCAUGCCGAGAGUUUUACCGAGCUCUUCACCUGCACGUGGAGGAGGUUUACUUCAGCCUGCCCACACGCCUGCGCCUCAGAGAUACUUCAGAUGCACUCGCACGUCCAACCAAGUACAAGCAGAGAUAUGUUUUAAAUGACAGAGGUCCACGAUUCUUUCUGGGGUGUUUCAGUGCAGCGGUGGCGCUGGCUUUUCUCUAUUACUAUGGCGAAUCUAGAUUGACCGGAGGCAGCCGGACACUGGGGUUGGCUGCUCUGGGUUUGAAGAGAAAAGCGGAGGAAGUGCUAAUCUGGUACACGGAAGAGAACCUCCUGCAUUAGUCACUGCCUUCACACGAUCCUGGCCUUUUGUACAGUUACACUACUACCACAGUUACACCAAGUGUCUCUUCAUAGGCUCACUUCAAAACAGUCUCUGCAUUUAACUUAUUGCUUUCUGAGAAGAAGAAGAAUGUUUUUCUCUAAUGAACAAAAAGUCUGUCAGUCGCACUACUAUGCACAUUUGGAUUCUUUAAUGACCAAUGUGAAUAGACGAUUUCUUAGAAGUGUACUCUACCGCCCUCGCGUGGCUAAAUGAAGUACAGCAUUUCAACUCAAACGCCAACAACGCCUCAAACGAGCACGAUUUUAAGGGAUGAAUAAUCGAAAACGUAGUCUACGAAAAGUAAAAAGUGACCUUUUUUGCCUAACAUUAUUUCUUGCAGGAUAAAUAUUGUUAGUGACCUCCUACAUUUCCGGUCACGUGCCUUGCGGUCGGCCUCCAACUCGGGCGACUUUUCGCCGCAGUGCCUUAUGGGUAAAGACGCUCUCAGCGAGAUUAAGUCAAACAAGCAUUAAACGACCUUAUAAAUGUACUGUUGGCCUCUUGCGAAUCAUAAACUAGUAAACGUUUGUGUUUAUGUGAUCAAUAUGUACGAUGUACGAGUCACUGUCAGUGGAAGGGAAGUGUAGAAACCUCCCUACAUAUAGUGACGUAAGUACGACGGUAGGCUGUGUUGUAUGAAAGGAGAGAAGGUUAGCACUCCCCUUGACAAGGAUGGAACUGGCCCCUGUGGCCUGCAACACAUAUAUGGUUAAGGCAUUGCCACCUACUUCGUGGCAUCUCUAACCAAGUUUUUUUUUAAAUAUACUAUUCUGUGAUCACGUUAAUGUCUGCAAUAUGGUCCAGUAAAAAUGUUAACUAGAUUUUACACUGAAAUUUCAAAUCAAAUGGAGCUUUGAGUCAAAACGAUUUGUUGUUUAUCUAAAGUGGCCUUUUGUUUUUGAUUGAGUCCUUAUUACUAUAUGAACUCCUUUUUGGUUGCAUAAGGAAGCACUGUCUUUAUCGCAUGGUUGGCUCUGUUCUUUUUUUCCUUUCAUCCUCAACUGCUUACCUCUUCCUGGGUCACGUCACAGGGUCUUAAAAAUGCCUUUUCUCCUUGAUUUACACCACAUCUACGCCAUUGUCUCGAGCUGUUUGUGGUUUCUGAUCAGAUUUUACCAAUAAACAUGUGCUUCAA